CCUUUUUCUCUCCGGGUCCUAUUAAGAGCAAACUUUGUGUUUUUGUUCUCCAAGUUCAGCUCAGUGCUCUGCAGCCUGCACACAGUUCCUCUCUGCGGCUUUUUCUCUUGUCCAUUUUUCCUCAAUGGUUUUGUUUUCUCGCCCGCUGGUUACUGCUGUGCGCUUUUGCAUGGGGGGUUUGGACACCGGGAGGAUGCGCUUUUUGGAGGAACAAAUACUCAAAGUUGUUGUUUUAGUGGAUACAUAGAUGUUUGUCGGGUUGGAAUGAACAAUGAUGCGGCUCCUUGGUGCUCUGGCCGGGGGCAGGCUCUGGUUUCGGCUACUGUUGCUGUGCGUCGUGGAGUUGGAGCUGGGAGCCGGGCUUUCUACUUUCCAGGGUUUCUACCUUCCAUCUGCGAACGGGUCCCUUCUCGCACCUGCCCGGAGGACGGAUGGAGUCGUGCGGACCAUUGACCGGAUUUACCACGGAGGCGGGAAGGUGGGCUACCUGGUGUACCUGGAUGGGAGCCGGUUUCAGCUGGACAUGGAGCGGGACGAGUCGGUGCUGUCGCAUCACUUCAGCCCGCAGUAUGUGCUCGCGAUGAUGGGGGAGAGCCGCGCGCCGUUGCAGCGGGAAUGCGUGUACCGCGGGACAGUGGACUCCAACCCGGAAUCCCUGGCCGUCUUCAACCUCUGCGGCGGCGGUCUCGAGGGCUUCUUCGCCGUGAGCCACGCGCGCUACACCAUCACGCCUAUCAUCAGGGCGAAGGGACACGAGCAUGACGUGCGCGCCCUGCAGGACAAGGACGCGGAGAGCUCGCUCCACGUGUUCACGCGCGAGAGCUUCAGCUUCGAGGCCAUGCGCGAGGGGCGCGAGAGCUGCGGGACGCGCGACGGGCGCAGAGGGCGCAGAGGGCGCAGAGGGAGCAGGGACGCGGGGGGGGGGCGCCGGCACAGAGGUCGGGGGAGGGGGAGACUGGACCGAGAGGGGCUCGCAGCGGGAAACACCGAUGACCACGGCGCGCGCGGUCGGAAGUGGUGGAGCCGGCCCGCCAAAGCGGCCGCUCCGGAGCCUGGCACGCGGAGCAAAAGGUCAGUCUCACGCGCCCGGCACGUGGAGCUGCUCCUGGUGGCCGACGACACCAUGACGAAGAAAUACGGCAAGGACUUGAACCACUACCUGCUCACACUGGCCUCCAUCGCCUCCAAGCUCUACGGGCACGCCAGCAUCGAGAACCCUAUCCGGCUGUCGGUGGUGAAAGUGACCACGGUCGGUGAGAAGGAGAAGGGCCUGGAGGUGACCAAGAACGCGGCGGCGACACUGAAGAGCUUCUGCAAGUGGCAGAACCAGCAAAACCCGCUGGACGACGACCACCAGCACCACCACGACGCCGCCAUCCUCUUCACCAGGCAGGACCUCUGUGGCCACCACUCCUGCGACACCCUGGGCAUGGCGGACGUGGGCACCAUCUGCUCUCCGGAGAGAAGCUGCGCCGUCAUUGAGGACGACGGGCUUCACGCUGCAUUUACUGUCGCACAUGAGAUAGGUCACCUGCUGGGCUUGUCCCAUGACGACUCCAAGUUCUGCGAGGAGCGCUUCGGGGUGAACAGCGACAAGCGGCUCAUGUCCUCCAUCCUCACCUCCAUCGACGCCUCCAAACCCUGGAGCCGCUGCACCUCGGCAACCGUCACUGACUUCUUUGAUGAUGGCAACGCCGAGUGUCUCCUCGACACUCCUCGCCAGGCUCUUCUUGGCCCAGAGGAGCUCCCGGGGCAGAGCUACGAUGCCGUCCGCCAGUGUCGCCUGGCCUUCGGCCCCGAGUACACGGUUUGCCCGGGCAUGGACGUAUGUUCUCGGCUGUGGUGCGCCGUGAUUCGCCAGGGACAGAUGGUGUGUCUGACCAAGAAGCUGCCGGCCGUGGAGGGAACGCCCUGUGGGAAGGGACGCAUCUGCCUGCAGGGAAAGUGUGUGGACAAGACCCGCAAGAGGCACUACUCGGCAUCCAACCAUGGCAGCUGGAGCUCCUGGGGUCCUUGGGGUGCGUGCUCCAGAACUUGCGGAGGCGGGGUGCAGUUCGCCCAGCGCCUCUGCAACAACCCGCCGCCACGGAACAACGGUCGCUACUGCACGGGGAAGAGGGCCAUCUAUCGGUCCUGCAACGUGAUACCGUGUCCAGCAUCAAAUAAAGGUUUCCGUCAGGAGCAAUGUGAGGUGCGCAACGGUCCCCAGACAGAUCCUAAAGGAGUGAAGACCUUUGUUGAGUGGGUGCCUAAAUACGCAGGAGUUCUCCCCAAAGAUGUGUGCAAGCUGACCUGCAGAGCAAAAGGAACAGGAUACUAUGUGGUGUUCUCUCAGAGGGUGGUAGACGGGACGGAGUGUCGUCCUUACAGCAGCUCGGUGUGUGUGAAGGGGAAAUGUGUACGAACAGGCUGCGACGGCAUCAUUGGCUCCAAGCUGCAGUUUGACAAGUGUGGUAUAUGUGGAGGUGACAGCACAGGAUGUAUACGUGUAAUUGGCAACUUCACAAAGAGGAGUAAGGGCUACACUGAUGUAGUGAAGAUCCCUGUGGGCUCCACCCACAUAAAAGUUCGUCAACACAAGGCCAAGGACCAGACCCGCUACACCGCCUACCUGGCCCUCCGACGGCCCAAUGGCGAGUACCUCCUAAACGGCAAGUUCAUGAUCUCCACCUCCGAGACAAUCAUCCCACUCAAUGGUUCUGUGCUCAACUACAGUGGCUGGAGCCAAAGGGAUGAGUGGCUUCACAGCAUGGGCCCCGGGGCCCUCCAAGAAGCCUUGGUGAUCCAGAUUCUAGCGACAGACGCCAAAAAGCCCCUGGAUGUUCGUUAUAGCUUCUUCAUGCCCCGCCAGACAACCCCACAGCAGCCGUCAGCUCCGCUCAUCCCCAAACCAAAGUCAACCCCUUUGCAGAGCACUACAGCUGUCUCAACCACGACAAGAACCACCACAACCACCACCACCAGUACCCCUACAUCCUCUUCUGCUCCCCACGUCCUGGUCCCAGGGCCACCGACAGCGCCAGGUCCCCCAACCCCAACCCCAGGGCCCCAGUGGGUAACAGGUUCCUGGAUGACCUGCUCCAGGACUUGUGAUACUGGCUGGCAGAGCCGGACAGUGCAGUGUAAGGACCAGGAUGGGAAACUGUCCAAAGGAUGCAUGCUGGGCGCCCGCCCCUCUGCCUUCAAACACUGUCUGGUGAAGAAAUGUUGAGGAGGCGGGAGAGGAAAAAUGAUUUGCGAGACAAGAAAGAAUAUGCAGGAAGAAGUUGCAAUCUGUACUUCUGAUAAAGGUCUCGAGUGCUGGAUGUAGGACCAAUGAAUGGACCGAUGAAUUUAAGACAUAGCUCCUUAAACGGGACUGUGAAUGUUGGAAAAAAACACCAGGACCAGUAAUACAGAGACUCAAAGACAUAUUGGCAUGGGUUUACCUGACUAUAAGCCAGAGGAAUGUCCUGGAAUCAUAGUAGCUAUACAGAGCGCAAGUAAAAUGGAGGACAGCUUCCAUAUGAUAGUGACAAGUAUUGUAUUGGCCUGGUAUAGCUAAGAACUUGAGUUGCAUGUCAUUUCCACAUAGACAAUAACUGAUUGUCAUUACAUCGGCCUCCAUACCCUGGAGGCUUAGUGUGUGUUGCCCUGUAAUGGCAUGCAUGUCGUGUCUUUUUUAUGCUAUUUCAUGUGUUCUUAUCACUGUGGGUAUUUGAAAGUGAAUACCCCUUUGUCUUUUGUCAUGAGUGUGUCCGAGACAAGAGCCCUCAUCCUUCGCCCUGCCAUAAUUUCUGCCUGUGUGGUAGCCCUGUUCCAAAACCGCUAUACUAGGUAUUAGGGUGGUGGACCGCGGCCUUCCGUAACACGGACAAUUUAGUCACUGAGCAGCACAAAAAAUUUGCUAUGGGAAGAAUGUUGAAAAUGCGAAAUCACUGGAUGGUAGGCAUUCUUCGUUGCAACCGCUAAAUAACAAAAACAUCAAGAAAGGUCUCUUCCAUCAAAGAAUCCAUCAGGUUUUCUUUGCUAUUAACCAACUUGAGUGCCACUGAUGGCCAGAGAGUGUAAUUAGAGUAUCAACAGUGAAUAAAACACAGUUUUCCUUAUCCUCUAGCCAUUAAAAAGAUUUCCAACUGAUAAUAAUAAAGAUUGUAAAGAUUUAUAUAUAAAGAUUUCUACGAGCCACUGACUGAAAUGUCCAAGUUACAGGAGAUGGAGAUGUGUAUGAUGGUCCUGGAUCAGGGCUUCCCACAUUCCCCCGACCAUAGGCGUUCUCUGUCUUUAUUUGACUGAUCUGUCCAGCUGAAAACUGGGAGGCAGAAUCACCGAUGGUGGUGACCAUUAUGUCAUGAACAUCCGAAAGAAAGUGAGAGUGUAUGAAUACAAUUUCCAACUGCAGGUGCAUGGGAGGGUGAUUUCACGACCAAGAAUGCAUGGGUAAACCCAGACAUUUGGCUAAUGGAUAAUGCAUUGCAACCAAACAUGGCAAUACAGUAGUACAAAGCUGGGAAGCUAAUCAGCCAUACCAAGGUCCAGUCAGUCUAAGUCAGAUACUUCUCUGUGAUCAUGUCCUUGAGAAGUUGCUCCUCUCUUGGGGAGAGUGUUUACCCCAAAGACACAAGUAUCGAUUCUACUGAACUCGAUACGUCUGUACAGCAAAGAAACAGCAGCAUGGUGUGACGAUUUUGAAAGGGAGAGUAAAGUGGCCUUCAGAGGACAAACCUUACAAUAGUUAAAAUUGACAGAGGGGCAAAGUAACCACAACACUCCUUAACAUUUAUGGAGGGCAAUGAUGAAUAAGAUUUGGGCAACGCUUGAUUUUUGUGUGUGCGUGUGUGUCUGUGCGUGCGUGCACACGCGCGUGUCUGCCUGCGCGUGUGGGUGUGCCUCUGCAUGCAUGUUAUGUGCUAGCACGUUCGUGCACCCGGACCCGUGUUUAAAGCACACACAGUAUGUACCGUGAACACGUGUUCUGUUCUCUACUGUGUCUUGAAGCUUCCUCACCCUCAGUUCCACUUGUAUCAAUCACUAUGCUGGUGCUGGGCGGUUAAUGGUCCUCAUGUUUUUUUGUGGCAGUCAAUAUCUGUUUGUUUGUCCGUUUUAUCUGUUUAGGAAACAAUGCUAAUAUGACAAUGUGUGCCCUGGAUACUCGCAACGACAGCAAGAGAGAUACUAAUGCAGUCAUUACUGUCCUUUUGCAAUUCAGCUCUUUCUCCAUUUUUUUCUUUUCAUCACUCAUUCUCUAUUUUACUCAUACAUCCUGUAUUUGCAAAUUACAAUUUUAACCUGUCUCCAACUCUGAUGGGUGGAGUUUGCCAAAAUACGACAUAUCAGAUUGUUCCACGUAAUGGCCAGUUAGGGCAGGGAUGAUAUAGUGACAUUUGGUUGAGGGUGUUUAAGGGUCAGGUCACCCAAAAAAGUGAUUUUCUCACUCGCCUUUAUUGGAACAUAGCCAUGCAUACAGUUUUGGUUUUAUUUGUCCAGUUACUUUGAUAUUCAUGUGGCUCUUCCAUCGCAAUAGGUACGCUUAAAAAUGUCACCAGAACAUCUAUCUCCCAAAACAAUCCCUCAGUUACUUCGGAUAAUCCACGGACCUCACUCUCAACAGUUUACAGUUGGAUAAGAAAACUGAUACCACUCUUGUGUCUGUCCCUUAAAUAUGAAGCUUCAGCCAGCAGCUGGUUAGCAUAGCUUAGCAUAAAGACUGAAAGCAGGGGGAAACAGCUAGCCUGGCUCUGUCCGAUGAUUAAAACUACGCCAGCUCUAAAUUUAACUAAUGAACACAUUUUAUCAUUCUUGUUUAAUCCUUACUAAAAACGAAGCGUAAAAAUGACAAUGUGCCCAUUUCCAGUCUUAAUGCUAGGCUAAGCUAACAGGCCGCUGGCUCUAGCUUCAUGUUGAACAGACGUAAAUGAGUGUGGUAUCAAGCUCUCAUCAAGAAAACAAAUAAGUGUAUUUCCCAAAAUGCCAAACUAUUCUUUGAAGCACAAUCUGCAUUACUAUAUAUGACAAGGUGCACUGAGGAAAAAUAUACUUUUUUGUAAGUUUUUUUGAACUGGCCCUUUAAAAUUCUUGACUCCACCAAACAUUAUCAUCCAUGUUUAUUCCCUUUACUUUGGUAAUUGAACCAACAAUGCAUUUUGAGUGCCAUUAAUACGCAUUUGCCUCUUUUUAAGACGAUAUAUGAAAGACCAUUCAUAUUUGUGUAAAAAAAUGAAAAUAUACUUGAAAAAAAUUAAUAUUUGGAUCAUUUCCUCAGCUCUCAUAGAUGUUACUGAAGCCCCAGCAUUACAAAGUAGUGUUGAUUCCAUACCUAAUGGACUUAAAAAUACCUUCCUGUAAUUGUGUUAAACCUUCUGGCACCCUUCAUAUUUUCCUGUGUGGCAAACCUCACCCAUCUGGCACUUUUGCAAGCAAAAAAAAAAAAAAAA